GUGGCUCUCCGGCACCGGUCCGUACUCCAGCGUGGUGAAGAUCUCUCGCGCGCGGGACUCUGCGCGCGUGGCAGCCAUCACCAGUCCAGACCACUUUCCACCGUCUGCCGGGCGCUCUGCCCAAGGAAACCUUGAGGGCCAAGAUGGAUUCGAAACUGCUGGUGCCGGAGCUAAAUGAGGCAGAGGCAAUGGGCGCCGAGACAGCGCGUUUCGAGGAGCUGCUGCUGCAGGCCUCCAAGGAACUCCAGCAAGCCCAGACAAGCAGACCAGAAUCAACACAGAUUCAACCGCAACCUGGCUUCUGCAUAAAGACCAAGUCAUCCCAAGGGAAGGUUUUCAUCAACAUCUGUCACUCUCCCUCCAUCCCUCCUCCGGCUGAUGUGACAGAGGAUGAGCUCCUUCAAAUGCUGGAGGAGGACCAAGCUGGCUUCCGCAUCCCCAUGAGCCUGGGAGAGCCUCACGCUGAGCUGGAUGCAAAAGGCCAGGGCUGUACCGCCUACGACAUAGCUGUCAACAGCGACUUCUACCGGAGGAUGCAGAACAGCGAAUUCCUGCGAGAACUCUUGAUCACCAUCGCCAGGGAGGGCCUGGAGGACAAAUACAGCUUGCAACUGGAUCCAGAGUGGCGCUUGUUGAAGAACCGGGCUUUCUUGGGCUCCAUCUCCCAGCAAAACAUACGCUCCCAGCAACGGCCUCGGAUCCAGGAGCUGGGGAACCUGUACACCGCCGACUCCUUGAGACCUAAGGAAGGCCCUGAGAGGCCUCACCUGAACCUUUGGCUGGAAGCCCCUGACCUCCUCUUGGCGGAAAUCGACCUCCCCAAACUGGAUGGAGCUGUAGGGCUGUCGCUGGAGAUCGGGGAGAACCGCCUGGUGAUGGGGGACCCCCAGCAGCUGUACCAUCUGGAUGCCUACAUCCCCCUGCGGAUCAGCUCUGAUGAGAGCAAGGCGGCCUUCCAUCGGAAGAGAAGGCAACUGAUGGUGGCAAUGCCCCUUCUCUCCGUGCCUUCUUGACCUGCUAUCUCCCUAUGUUUCCAAGAGGGGAGAAGAUGGUGGAAGCUUCUCUAAAAUGGAAAUAAAAGAUUUUUGGCUCUGGC